AUGGAUUUUGAAGGAGAAAGCAAUAUGCUUAUGGAUCUUGAGAUAGUUGUAGAUAUUUUCCAAACAGCUAACGAAUCAGAAGUAAAUAAUAUGGACGAAGCUUUUGCAAGUUCAUUAGCACUUAAGAUUAUAAAG